AUGAAAAAGAAGAAAAAGAAGAAGAAGAAGAAGAAGAAGAAGAAGAAGAAGAAGAAGAAGAAGAAGAAGAAGAAGAAGAAGAAGAAGAAGAAGAUAAUGGUUAAUUUUCAACUCAAGCAUCCAUUUAGCUGUGAAAAAACCGCUGAUAAGGUGAACACUCCUAAAGAACUGAAAACAGCUUUGGCGUCUUCGGCAACGCGCCCGGACGGAUGCACACUAAUACCUUGGAGAGCCGGCAGAUGUUUGGCGUGGGAUGUUACGGUCCCUAGCACCCUCGCCGAACGAUACGUAAACUUGACAAGUAAAGAAUGCGGUUUAGCCGCGGCCAGGGCAGCGGACGAGAAAAUGAAAAAAUAUGGGAACGCCCUCCCUUCGCUGGAAUUCUUGCCAAUAUGUAUCGAAGUCCUCAGCCCGAUGGACCCCAACACCCUUAAAUUUCUUAAGGCAAUAUGUAAAAUGAUCAGCGUCAGAUCAGGCGACAGCAGAGAACUGUUUUUCGCAACUAACCACAUUUCGUGCUUGUUGCAGCGGUUCCUGCGUGUCUGUGUGUUUGAAAAUAUCCAACUGAAUGCCGACAUGUGCAAUUAA